AUGGAGAAAACCAACCGCGCCAUAAACCGCGGAGGCUUUGUGGGCGAUCUCAUUUUGACCUGCAAUGAGGGCCUGCCGUUCCGCGUUGCGGCUCGGCUUCUUAGGCAGACAUCAGCGCCUGUAAAGCUCCAUGCUGGGAAGCUCGUUCGCGAUGCCUCCAGCACUGUUGCGGUGAGCUUCGCCAGUGCACCGCACUCGGUGACCAGCACGGCACAGAUCCUGCACGGAGAAACUGGUAGCGUGGGUUGUAGUACGGCCGACAGCGGCUUUACUGGCGACAUUGUGCUGUCCUGUACCAACGGCGUCUUGUCGCAGAGCUCCGAGAGCUGCGCGGAACGCGCAUGUGAACAGGACUUGGCUUACGAAUUGCAUCUCUUCGGCCAGAGCUCCAGUCGCACGUUGGCCAGCGAGGUGCAGCACAGUGGCACCUUCACGGUGCUCUGUAGCGAUGUGAACGAGGCCUACGAUCACGACAUCACAGCCGGGAUGCUCACGAUGUUAGUGAUCUCCGGCCGGUGA